UAUAUAUUUAGCUCCAUUUAGAGAAUUAGGAUAUUAUUAUGGUUUGAGUUAUGGCUAGAAGAACAAUGAGUCAUCGGAUUUUAAUGUGCGAUAAGUCGGAAAUAGUGACAUUUUCCGGCGACCCCGCAUCGAUAAAUAUUUCCGAUACUAUUUUUGGUUUUCUCAAUAACGAAUCAUUGAAAAGUAUCCGUCUCGAUUUUUGUGACGAAAAUGAGAAUGAUGAUGAUGAUGAUGAAGGCGAAGAAAAAGAUGAGUCGGAAAAUGUUGAAGAUAAUCAAUUUUGGGAAACUCAACAUCAGCUUUUACAAGGUGUACUAUAUCGGACUACUUCCUUAGAAUCACAAAUCCGAAGCAUUACAAAGGAGGCAAUAAAAGAAGGAAAUGGAAUUAUAUGUAGUUGCCGGAGAACGCCGGAUGACGGUUGCAAGACCUGCCUCAUGAAGGAGGUUUGCAGCCAUCUGCAAAUUGCAGGGUUCAACUCUGCAAUUUGCAAGUCGAAAUGGAAGAACUCUCCAGAUAUUCCAUCAGGUGAACAUACAUUUAUAGAUGUGAUUGACUCAUCAAAUCCUAAAAAGGGAGAAGUAAGAGUUAUCAUAGAGCUAAAUUUUCGUGCCGAAUUCGAAAUGGCACGAGGAUGUGAAGAAUACAACCGAUUAGUAAAAAAAUUACCAGAAGUAUUUAUUGGAAAAAUCGAAAGAUUGCUAUCGUUGAUCAAGAUUUUGUGCGCGGCAGCCAAGAAAUGUAUGAAGGACAAGAAAAUGCACAUUGGGCCAUGGCGUAAACAAAAAUACAUGCAAGCAAAAUGGCUUAAAACCCGCGAACGUGUGGAGGCGGCCAAGUUAACAUACUCAUCCUCUAUGGACGAGUAUUCUAGUCAGCCGCCUCCACGGCCGAGGGCCUCCAUGCUCACGGUCGAUUUGCUGGAAAAUUUCCCUAGUUUACAUCUAAUAACGACAGUUGAAGUAGUGUGAAAUUUUGAAAGAGAAGCAUUAUUAUUAGUAUAUAAGUUAUAUUAAUUGAUGUA